CGCGUCUGACAACAGUUUCACCGCACCAGCCGCGCGCGGCGACCGUAUCGACGUUCCAAUUUCAAACCGUUUUUAUUUUUAUUUUCAGCGAGUGUUCGAUGUGUUUUGUUUGAUAAUUGCGUGAAAAAACGUUGUGAAAAAAUUGUUUUUGUGUAGUGCUGUGUUUUUGCGUGAUUUCAGGAUAAGCGCCAUCUGUCGGGAAGGAGUUGGCCGCCGAGAUGUGAAGAUGAAAAUGUUGCUGAACGUGUGUAAAUCAUGCCAAUACUGCCUGGAGUCGCUGUACUGGAACUGCUGCGAAGAGAGGUUCUGCUUCGACAAGAAGAUCGCCCUCUAUAAGAUAGAAGAGAAUGGCACACACAACGGGUACACGAACAUGGGCGCGAGCGUGGACAGCGUGGUCACGUCGCAGCCCGUCAACAACAACACGCUGCCGCCCACCGCUGUCGUGGGCAGGCAGAUCAACGAGCUGCCGCUACACGCCGACAAGCUGUACGAGGUGUUCUCAAAAUCGUUGAUAUUCAGAGACGAGCACGAGCUGAAGAAGAGCAGCGUCGACACCCUGGACGACCUGGAGACGAAGUCCCUCCCCGAUAUAUUAGACGAGAAGCCCAACCGGUCCAAGGUGUACUUCGAGGACGAGGUGGACUCGCCCGUCACCGACUUCGAGAUCAUGUUCAAGGACGAGCUGCUGGCCAACCAUGACAUGUUUAAGAUAGACGAGGAGGAGGAGGACGGCCGCAGCCAGGACACGGAGGAGGAGGGCCUCACCAUGAGCGUGGCUGUCAAGAAGCAGGACGUCGUCAAACCCAGCACCGUCACGCUCAAGGGCGAGACCAAGAUACAGAAGCAGCACCCGGUGUACGAGUACGACCCAGUGUCCGCUAUGGCUUUACCCUCAUCCCUCACGCUGCCCAGGGUUGAAAGCGUCAAGGGCAUCCUCCGGACGAACAGCGCCAAGAACUUGGAGAGGGUGGACAGCAGCAGCAAGCUGUCGCGACCCAUGCUCAACAGAGUGGAGAGCUUAAAGAAUAUUGAUCCUACUAAGAUAAACAAGGUGCUAGCGAGAGUGCCGCACAGAAGCGCGUCGUUCCUCAACAUACCAGCGCAUUUAGUGCCCGAGAAGCCGCCGCUGACGAAGAGCAAAUCCACAGUAGGCGUUCCAUCGCUGGCCGACAGCGAACUCCGACUGAGCUCGCUUCCGGACACGCCGAUCAUAAAGAGCAACAACCUGCCCCGAUUCUUCGCGGAUGGACCGUCAAUAUCGGAGUACCGGGGGGAGACCACGCUGCAGAGCAUCAAGCAGCAGUCGGCGAUGAUGAUGCAGAACGACUUCCGAAUGCCGCGGUACUACGGCAUCACCGCCAAGAGCAUCAUGGAGACGCCGGUCCACGAGAGCAAGUCCAUGCCCGACCUGCGGAACCCUGCCACGACAGGUCGCGUCAGCAAGCGCCUGGUCAAGAUACGCGGGAGGUUGAAGCCGCUCGUCAUCCGGAAGAGCUCGGAGGAGAGACUUUAGAUAUACGUCUCCUUGUUCAUAUUUCCAUAGCGAAUAACGAACCAAUAACGACUUUUGUGGCUGCUCAGGCCUACUAUAGACAAGUGGCAAGCGAUUAUCGUAAACGCCAACAAAAUGUA